UAUAAUUCAUUUUAAAACUCCACUUUCUUUUGAAAAGAUAAAGCGAGUAGCAAUAAAUGUUUCGUUUAACCCUACUUUGCCACCACAAGAUCCAUCAUCCCCUCUUCACAAGCGUUAGCGAUCGCUCUGAUACGUUUUUUGUCGAACAGGCAAAAUAAAGGACGGCUAUCGCUACAGUUGUUGGGUCCUAAUAUUUGAAGUUUCGUAUCCAAUCAGAAAAGGGAUACGGGAAACGCCGCCGUUUGAAUCAUUAGGGAAGAAAAGAGAGUGAGAAGGUAUUUAGGGAGGGUGCAGGGAAAAAAAUCGUUAAAUCGCUACACUUUUGGAUGAUUAAAGCUAUAAAAGUCAGUGAGACUUCUAAAGAUGUAGCAGGAUUUUGCCGAGAGUAUAAGUAGGUCUAGGAUGUGAGUUGGGGGUCUUUGUAUGUGCGGGAACGGAGCUGGUAAACGUUAGGUAUAAUGUUGGCUGAUCAGGAAAAGUACAGUCAACCGAAACGAAAGACUUAAAAAAGAAAGUUUGUGAUUGAACGGGAGGAGAGAGAAAAGGUGCUUAGCAUUCUGUGUAAUAUAGUCGUCGCUUGGAUCUAAUUGGAUUUGCUUUGAAAAUGAAGAUAUCGGAUAAGAACGUGGUGCGCCUGGCCGUCGUGCAGCACAUCAGAGCUCAGUAUGGAAUAAAGAUUAAAAACUGGAACAAGAAAAAGACGUGCAAGUUUCCAGGCGGCCCUUCGGUCAGAGUCUUUGGAGUGCCUCUUGACAACUUGGCACAAUGUGCUGUGCCCGAAUAUGGUACUAUACCCUGUUUCUUGGUGGAUGCCUGCACAAAGCUUAUCGAACAUGUCCACACAGAGGGUCUGUUUAGGAAGUCUGGUUCUGUUACUCGUCUGAAAGCCCUGAGGGUGAAGUUGGAUCAGGGAGAGGCCUGCAUCCCCACAGCCCUGCCCUGUGACGUGGCUGGCCUUCUGAAACAGUUCUUUCGUGAGCUGCCAGAAUCCAUUCUGCCUACGGAUCUACAAGAUGCCCUGCUUAAGGCACAGCAGCUGCCCACAGCUGAGGAGAGGACCUCUGCUCUCCAACUGCUGUCCUGUGUCCUGCCUGACAGAAAUGCUCACACACUGCGCUAUUUCUUCACUUUCCUCAGAGAUGUCUCUCAGCGAUAUAGUGAAAAUAAGAUGGACAGUGGGAACCUGUCAGUGAUUUUCACACCAAACCUCCUGCACUGUGAGGGUGCGGAGAAGAUGAGCUCUGGUAUGGAGAGAAGGCUCAAGCUGCAGGCUGCUGUGGUACGCUUCUUCAUCGAGAACCCCCAGGACAUCGGGGUGGUCCCUCCAUUCAUCCUGGAGAGAAUCCCAGCCAUGGUAGGCUAUGAAGCAGGCCUGGUCUCGCCUGUCCCAAUCCAAGUCGAGGACUGGGAAACGGACUCUGGGGUGAAAAAGAAAGUGAGGCGGAGUUUAGGAGAUGUGGUUAAUGGAGCUCUACAUAAGUUAAAAGCUAAUAGAACGCCCGCGAAUUCGUCCCUGUCCAGUGAAGAUGUCUUCUCAGUGACACCUGUGAUUGUGACUCCAAACACAAAGAGAAAGAUGCCCCUGGAGGUGGGUCACAGCUGCAGCUUCUCAAACAAGAAGAGGAAGUCCAUCAAGAAGAACCUGGGACUGGAGCUGCUCCCCAACAGCCUGUUCAGCAGCAGCUCUACCCCUGGCUCAGGUAGAGGGCUUGACUCCAGCCCCUGUGUGUCCCUGAGUGCCUCGGUCGGUAAGACCAGAGAGCCGUCUGCAAGGAGGAAGAGCAAACGGAUGAGCAAGCAUGUGAGCAGAGUGGAGUCAGGAAAAGCUGGCUGCUUCUCGCCCAGAGGAGCCAAGAAGGAGUCUGUGCGCAGAUCGUUGCGUUUGCGUUUCUCCCUGGGGAGGAGUAGGGGAGACCCUAAUGUCAUUUCACAUUCUCUCCUGGGGCCAAAGGCAUCUGAGACCGUUGGCUGGCGUCUUGCCACUCAAGAAAGCACCACCAGCUUUCAGUUCGCCAAAGAUACGCCUUUCAGUCCCACUGUUUUACAUGGCAGGAGGCCCUCAAAACGUUCCAAGCAAAUAAGCAAGUCUGAAGACAACCUGCUGAGCCCGCAGUGUGCUGUGGCUGGACAGCGGACGUCUUGGAACUUGGGAAGCCCUGCGGUGUUCCAUGCCUUUAGCUGUGAUUCUCUUUCAGACACCCCCGUGGGAACAUGCAAUAAGAACAGCAGCUGCUCGGACCCCACUCUGGCUACCGCCAAGCCCCCGGCUGUCGGAAACUUAUCUGAGGAUGUUUGCUCUUCCUUCGUGGGGGGCGACACUGUGACUGGGCCCACGGUGCUUCAGAUCAAGAAGGCAUUUGCUGACUCCGGCAGCAACCUGCAUUCGCUCAUUGACUGUAGCACCCUCUCAGGGAAGGAGCUGGUAAUGCAAGCUGAGGAGACAAGUCCAACGUCUACAGAUUGUCAGGAGAGCAAACGAAGCUGUUACAGUCCAACCCCAAAGAAGGCAGUUGCUGAUGAACAAAAUGUGACAAUUAGUGAGCUAGAAAUAACUCCCCUGACUCCUUUACAUAUCGACUCCACCCUGUCUGAGCUUGGACCGUCAGAGAGUCCUCUGGACAAGGAGGAAUCUGUAUUCCAGUCAGGGGAGAAGGGUGACAUAGGCGGAGAGGUUGAUCAGGAGAACAACAGUGGGUUGGUUGAAGUCAUCGAUGGUAAUGGCCCGUCAGUGUCCUGCAAAAUAGAACUGCAAGUGCCCAAGCUGAACACCCCAGGUCUUUCCACACUUGGCACCCCCCCACCCACGCAGCUCCCCACUGCUAAGUUGUGCCGUUUAAAGACUGAAAACUCGCCGGGCCCUAAAGAAGCACACCACUUGCGGGUGGCCGACCACAUCCACCGGUUCAAUACCCUCACCCUUAAUUCCCCCAAGACCAAAGCAGUCCGAUCCCCCCUCAAGUUUCAGCGCACCCCUGUCCGCCAGUCAGUUAGGCGGAUCAACACUCUGCUCAUAAGCACAACACGUGUCCAGAUUCCCGAGAGUCCGGUCAGGAAGUCCAUCAGCCUGGAGAGCGGCCUGUCUGUAACAGAGCGGCGGGUCGGUGAAGCGCACGUCGACAAGCAAGCCAAACGGCGCCCUAAAGUUGCCCCAAGGAGGCCCUCUACCAAUAGGUGGCAAGGUGGUGGCGGCGCCCUUGACGAUGUAACCAACAGGGUACAGCCGAAGGCCAAAAGCGAGCCUUGCCAGCUGCUCAAAAAUAGCACCGCUUCUCGUUCUGUGAACCCACCGAAGAUCAUUUUGCAUGAGGUGUACGAAAAUGACAAAUGUUGCUACAGAGGCUCACCCAGAAACCCCCUCAGUGAAGGCAGGCUUCUCUCUGCCAUGAAGCCCAUUGACCUCUGACCCCGUUGUUUGAAAUGCUUUACUUAGUGCUAUAUGUGCAAUGUGGGCUAUAUGUUAAAACUCAACAGAAAACAUUUUCUCCUUUGUUUACAAAACUUAAUUUAUGUGACUGGAUGGUAAUUGACAGAAUAGUGAUUUAUUGCUGUAUAGCACUCUGGUUUCUGCCUGAAUUUGGUAUGAGCAUCUACCGUGACUUCUGAUUGGCCGACGGUGAUUCAUUUUGAGUGUAAGACAUGGGUUGGUGUGUGUGAGGUUGGUGCCUUAGUCUUAUUUAUAUCUUAUUUUUUAUAAACUUUUAAUAGUUUUACUGAGUCUUAUCUUAAGAUUAGCAUUUAUCCUUUUUCAAAAGAAUUAGAAUUUGCUUCAUUUUGGGCCUUUACUGUAAUUUUUUUAGAGCUGGUUAGAAUAAGUUUACAUGUCCUGUUUCAAACAAGGAGUGUUUAUAGUGAAAUUUUGCGUACAAAAUGAGGCUUAUGCAAAAAAUUGUAAUUUAACAUCCAAUAAAUACUACAAAAUGUGA